UCUGAGCCACAUUCCUGCCUUGAUUUCAAAUUCUCUUCACAAUUUAGCUCCUUCCAUCAUCCUCCCCAGAUCCUCGCUGUGUUCCUCCAGGCAGGGCCGGUCUCUGGGGACCGUGCAGGCUGAUUUUUUAUUUUCUGUGGCUCUCCUCUCUGAAUUCUUGUUCUUUUAGAAAUACACAUGCUUUUAAAAUCCAGUCAUAGCAUCGGUACUUUUGCAGAAUUCUUAUAUCACUGUUUUGUCUCUUUCAGAUUUGACAGACACACCCAGGCCACCACACUGACUUACCAGAUAUUUGGAGGAUAUCUAAGAUCCAGAGUCCAAUGUUUAAAUUGCAAGGGUGUUUCAGACACUUUUGAGCCAUGUCUUGAUAUUACAUUGGAGAUAAAGGCUGCUCCGAGCGUUAACAAGGCAUUGGAGCAGUUUGUGAAGCCGGAACAGCUCGACCGCGAGAACUGCUACAAGUGUAGCAAGUGCAAAAAUAUGGUUCCGGCUUCAAAGAGGCUUUCCAUACACAGAUCACCUAAUGUUCUUACACUUUCUCUGAAACGCUUUGCAAAUUAUUUUGGUGGAAAGAUUUCUAAGGAUGUGAAAUAUCCUGAGUAUCUUGAUAUUCGGCCGUACAUGUCUGAACCAAAUGGAGAACCCGUUAUUUAUGCUUUGUACGCAGUGCUGGUCCACAGUGGAUACAGUUGCCGUACAGGCCAUUACUUCUGUUACGUGAAAGUGAGCCGUGUGGAUUUUGCUCAUUGCUUUUACAUAGACUCUGUAGGAGAGCAAGCACUAGCAUUCUUUGGGGGGAAGGUGGGAGUUUUACAAUUGAAGUGUGAACGCUUCUUUUUCUUAUUCUUUUUAUUCUGUCCUUGUUAACCUGACAAAAUCUAACCUUUCCCUCUUACUGGCUGUCUUUUGCAGGCUAGCAAUGGCCUGUCGUGGGAAAAAGGGGUCCAGAGGUCUGGUUGACGGCUGUGGCGGAGGAGCAAGUCUGAGCAUAAUUAGACUCGUCAUGUCCUUGGCAGACUGAGUGAGUCGCCUCGCCUAGGCUGUCCCGCUCUGACCUCUUACUUCCGCACCGCCCCCCUGCCAAUAGUACCGCCUCCAAACCAUGCCCCUAGCCCGCUUCUAUUGCCACGCCUCUAGCCUGCUCUAUAAAACACCUGAUACUUCUACAAUAAAAUCGGAUCUGCGCCAUCAGCCUGGUCCCUGGUGUCUUCUUUUCACCGUGUUGCCGCUUACCACGGGCCCAGGUCCCUUCACCCAAGGAGGUUCAACCUCAGCCUGUGGUAUCAAAUGAAUGACUCCACCGUAUCUCCUAGUGAUACUAGAUCGGUACUCAGCCAACAAGCAUAUGUGCUCUUUUAUAUCAGGUACUGUCAUGAAAACAAGUUACCACACUCUCUGUAAUGUCAUUUCUUUUCAUGUCAUCCACAUUCAAUUCCAUUUUGAGUUUUUU